AUGAAACAAUACGCUGAGACUUGCCACAAGUUGAUGCAAGGUCUCGGAUAUGAACAAUAUGCCGCUCAAGGGGGAGAUUGGGGAAGUUCUAUUGGGAAAUUGCUCGGAGUUCUAUAUCCCCAGUCGCUUCGCGCACUUCAUUUGAACCUAAUCAUGGCAACACCACCUCCCCCUAGCAACCCGAUCGGCUUCGUGCGGUUCUUAACUUCACAUUUACUCAAUCGAUAUACUCCCCGCGAAUCGACCGGCCUCGAAAAGGCUCAAAGAUUUCAAGGAGAAGGAAAUGGCUAUUUUGCGAUACAAAAACAGCGCCCGGGGACUAUUGGCGUUGCGCUUGCGGACAGCCCAGUUGGCUUAUUGACAUGGAUAUACGAUAAACUGGUUAUUUGGACUGAUAGUUAUCCCUGGACUGAUGAUGAAAUUUGUGAAUGGGUUAGUAUAUAUUGGUUUAGUCAUGCCGGGCCAGCUGCUAGCGUGAACAUUUAUCACGAGGCAUUCAAAGGUGAUUGGGUGUCUAGUGCCAGUCUCUACACUCCCAGGACGAAAGUGGGAUUCUCAUAUUUCCCACAGGAGAUGUUUCGGACUCCGAGCCUAUGGAACCAGCAGAUCGGCCAUGUGGUCUUCGAAAAGGAACAUGAGAAAGGGGGUCAUUUUGCCGCGUGGGAACAACCACAGGCCCUCGCGGAGGAUCUUCGAACUAUGUUCAGGCAAGGCGGUGAGGCCUAUAGUGCUGUUAUCAAGAAAUAA